AUGGCCGCUGCCUUCGACGACGAAGACCUCUUCGUCUCCCUCCCGCCCUACAGCCACGACCGAGACCGCGACCGCGACCGAGACCGUGAUCGUGCCUCGGCCUCCUUGCCCAGCUCGACUCCGUCCGCCAUGGCGAUGCCUCCGCCGCCUCGCCCCAAUGCUGCUCGCGGGGAGCCGCCCACCCAGUCGCCGGCCACCGUGAGAGACAUGCAGCGGCUCGACCAGUACAAGACGGUCAAGGUGUUGGGCGAAGGGUCCUUUGGGAAGGUCAAGCUGGCCAUCCACCAGCCCAGCGGCCGCCAGGUCGCCCUCAAGAUCAUCCCGCGCCGGAAAUUGCUGUCCAGAGACAUGGUCGGUCGUGUGGAGCGCGAAAUUCAGUAUCUGCAACUCUUGCGGCAUCCGCACAUUAUCAAGCUGUACACGGUCAUCCCCACCAAGACGGACAUCAUCAUGGUGUUGGAAUAUGCAGAGAGGGAGCUGUUCGACUAUUUGGUAAAGCGCGGCAAGUGCAAUGACGACGAGGCCCGCAAGUUCUUCCAGCAGAUCAUCUGUGCCGUCGAGUACUGCCACCGGCACAAGAUCGUCCACCGCGACCUCAAGCCCGAGAAUCUGCUCAUCGACAGCGAGAAGAACGUGAAGAUCGCCGACUUUGGGCUGAGCAACAUCAUGACGGAUGGCAAUUUCCUCAAAACGAGCUGUGGUAGCCCCAAUUACGCGGCGCCCGAGGUCAUCUCGGGCAAAUUGUAUGCCGGGCCUGAAGUGGACGUUUGGAGCUGCGGUGUGAUCCUGUACGUCCUGCUCGUGGGUCGGCUACCGUUUGACGACGACUACAUCCCCGCACUCUUCAAAAAGAUCAACGAGGGGAAAUUCCACGUGCCCUCGUACAUCUCGCCGGGCGCGCAGAGGCUGAUCAGGGCCAUGCUGCAAGUCAACCCGGUGCACCGAAUUACUAUCCCCGAAAUUCGGCAGGACCCAUGGUUUUUGAAAGACCUGCCCAGGUAUCUGCAACCACCGCCAGAGGAGUUCAUCACCACCGGCGUGGAUCCGAACAAGGCGGUCGAUCCGCGCAAGAUUGCUCCGGGCAAGCCGGUGUCGGUGCAGGAGAAGAUUCACCAGGUGGCUGUGUCGAAACUCGAACGGAGUAUGGGCUACAGAAAGGAGGAGAUUGAGGAGACGCUGCGCAAGCCGGAGCCAAGCGCAAUCAAGGAUGCGUUCUUCAUCAUUGCCGAGAACGAGAUGAUGCAAACGAAUUCUCCCACAGACGACAAUCUCGAUGUUUGUCCUCCGGCCUCCUCUCCCCCCAAGCAAGAAACCGCCACCCUCUCUCCACAGGCACCCAAAACCGCCGCGGCGGCUCUUCGGCAAGAUCCUGUUGCUCCUUUGACCCCUCAUGUCCGGGAGUCGACACCCCCGCCGGCUCAGAUCCCCCAUCGACAGGAACCCGAAGACGAGGAAGAGCCCCGCGUGAGCCAUGUCCGGAUUCUCCCGACCAGCCUGCCAUAUGUCCAUGAACAGCUCAUGGAGCAGCGAGACAGCAAGCUACAAGAGGAGCAAUCUCCACCCGCCGACGAUGACCAGGAUGGCGCAGAGCCAGCCGCGGAGCGGACCCCGGAAGAGCAGGCCGCCACUGCAAGAGCUCUGAAGCCGCAUGCUCGUAGUAUCGUGGACCUUGAGAAGCUUCGAUUGGAGCCACCGGAGGGAUUCCAUCCGGCGCCUAGCCAGCCGAAGAAGUCACGGAAAUGGCAGUUUGGUAUCCGGUCCCGGAACCAGCCUUACGAAGCCAUGCUCUGCUUGUACAAAGCCAUUGCUGCGCAGGGGGGUGUUUGGGAGAUCCUCCCGGCCGAACCAGAGGGCUCUGAUUCGAACAUGGAGCCGGCACCAGACCAACCGAAACCACUACAGCGCAAGUACCCGGACCUGCCGUCGGAUUAUUAUAUCCCGAAGGAUCCAUGGUUCAUCCGGGCGCGUCUCCUCAAACAAGGCGUUACGGCGCCGGGAGUGUCGCUCAGCACGCACAGCAGCCGGAGCGACCUGGGCGAACUUCGUCGGCGAGUCAAUCUCAUGAACGUCAGCGCGGAAGAGAAGGCCGCGAUUGCCGCCGCGGUGCAAGCUGGGUCCGACAGCGCCAACGCGAGCGCGGCUUCGUCGGCCGAGCUCCCAGCGUCGCUGAAGAUCGAUUACGGAGUGUGGGUGUUCAUCGACAUCCAGCUGUACCAGCUGGAGGCGAACAACUACAUGGUGGACUUCAAGUGCGACGGCUACCAGAACGUGAUCCGGGCGGAGGGCGACAGCGAGUGGCGGCCGAUCAGCAAACGCAUCCGGAACAAGGAGAAGGAGGUGACGAGUCCGUAUCCAUAUCUCGACGUGGCGUCGGAUCUGGUGGCUCAGUUGGCGGUAGUCGGGUAG